GCUUCAUUACUUUCCAGUCGGCUGUCUGCACCUGUAGUGUCUAAAAAUGGACCCAUCCAAGUCAGAGGCCAACAGGGAUGAGCAGUCUGCCAAACUCCCCAGCACCUCUUCUGGAAGGUUGACCCGGUCUGAGGAGGAGUGUCGUCGUCUGGAGACUGAGAUCUCUUGGCUGGAGGAUUAUCUGAGGUUCAUGAAGAUAAUUUUGGAUGUUGCAGCUCUGCUGCUGACAACUCUGGGAAAGCUCACUGGAGAACAGCUGAAGACAUUUCAGUCUAAACUGACUAGUGUCCAGCUGCUUGGCUUUCCUCCCAUCCCAGAGAGCCAGCUGGAGAACGCUGACAGUCAGGACAUAGUGGGUCAGAUGGUGAAGAGAUACGGCCCUGAGAGUGCUGUGGGGAACACACAGAGGAUCCUGAGGGGGAUGGACCAGAAUGAUCUGGCAAAGAAGUUAAAGAGAGAUUACAAUAGAGCUCUGCUGCUGGCCACUCUGGAGGAGCUCACUGAAGAACAGCUGAAGACAUUUCAGUCUAAACUGACUAGUUGCAAGCCGUUUGGCUUUCCUCCCAUCCCAGAGAGCCAGCUGGAGAACGCUGACAGACAGGACACAGUGGGUCAGAUGGUGAAGAGAUACGGCUCUGCGAGAGCUGUGGGGAACACACGGAGGAUCCUGAGGAGGAUGGACCAGAAUGAUCUGGCAGAGAAGUUAGAGAGAGAUUACAGACACAGAAGAGAAACAUGGUGGAGCAACUCAUCAGAUGCUGACAGUGAUGAAUUUCUAUGUCUUCGGAGGAAGUGGCAUAUGGCACUGGUAAUGAAGGAGGAAGCUGCCUCUGAGAUGGAAAGGAAGCCAGCAGGGGAGGAGAGUGGAGAACUCCCCAGCACCUCUUCUGGAAUUUUGACCCUGUAUGAGGAGGAGUGUCGUCAUCUGGAGGCUGAGAUCUCUAGUCUGAAGGAGAAGCUGGAGGUGCUGAAGUCAGAGGCCAACAGGGAUGAGCAGUCUGCCAAACUCCCCAGCACCUCUUCUGGAAGGUUGACCCGGUCUGAGGAGGAGUGUCGUCGUCUGGAGACUGAGAUCUCUUGGCUGGAGGAUUAUCUGAGGUUCAUGAAGAUAAUUUUGGAUGUUGCAGCUCUGCUGCUGACAACUCUGGGAAAGCUCACUGGAGAACAGCUGAAGACAUUUCAGUCUAAACUGACUAGUGUCCAGCUGCUUGGCUUCCCUCCCAUCCCAGAGAGCCAGCUGGAGAACGCUGACAGUCAGGACAUAGUGGGUCAGAUGGUGAAGAGAUACGGCCCUGAGAGUGCUGUGGGGAACACACAGAGGAUCCUGAGGGGGAUGGACCAGAAUGAUCUGGCAAAGAAGUUAAAGAGAGAUUACAAUAGAGCUCUGCUGCUGGCCACUCUGGAGGAGCUCACUGAAGAACAGCUGAAGACAUUUCAGUCUAAACUGACUAGUUGCAAGCCGUUUGGCUUUCCUCCCAUCCCAGAGAGCCAGCUGGAGAACGCUGACAGACAGGACACAGUGGGUCAGAUGGUGAAGAGAUACGGCUCUGCGAGAGCUGUGGGGAACACACGGAGGAUCCUGAGGAGGAUGGACCAGAAUGAUCUGGCAGAGAAGUUAGAGAGAGAUUACAGACACAGAAGAGAAACAUGGUGGAGCAACUCAUCAGAUGCUGACAGUGAUGAAUUUCUAUGUCUUCGGAGGAAGUGGCAUAUGGCACUGGUAAUGAAGGAGGAAGCUGCCUCUGAGAUGGAAAGGAAGCCAGCAGGGGAGGAGAGUGGAGAACUCCCCAGCACCUCUUCUGGAAUGUUGACCCUGUCUGAGGAGGAGUGUCGUGAUCUGGAGACUGAGAUCUCUAGGCCGGAGGAGGAGCUGAGGUUCAUGAAGAGACCCUCCAUGUUGGAUGUUCCAGCUCUGCUGCUGACCACUCUGGAGGAGCUCACUGGAGAACAGCUGAAGACAUUUCAGUCUAACCUGACUAGCGUCCAGCUGGCUGGCUUUCCUCCCAUCCCAGAGAACCAGCUGGAGAACGCUGACAGACAGGACACAGUGGAUCAGAUGGUGAAGAGAUACGGCCCUGAGAGAGCUGUGGAGAUCACACUGAACACAAUGAGGAAGAUGGACCUGGGUGAUCUUGCUGAGAAGUUAGAGAGAGAUCACAGAGGAGUCCUCCAGGCCACCCAAAAAACGUUGAAGGAAAUGCCAAGUUCCUCAUCUCAUAGUCCUCCUAGAACCCCAGAUUCUCCUCUUCUCCUGGAACUCAAUGAAACCAUUGUUGGACAGGCCUUCACCUUGCCAUCAGCGACUGAUGAGACAAUGGAAGAAGAGAGCCAGGACUGUGUCAGAGUGCAUCUGUUUGACAGCUUACUUGAGGCCAUGGACGAGUUAAGCAUCACAGAAUGUAGAGUAGGGGACCAGAGCCUGUGUACUACUGACCCUCCCAUGAGGUCUCCUGAAAACUUUGAACCAGAAAUCUACGAUCGUGAGGGCAAGGGAGCAUACAGGUUCCAGUGCCCCAGUGCAGGUCUGUUCCAGUGCAGUAUAACAGGCCUGGUGUUUAGGAUGGAGGGAGAGGGAGAGGUGCUCUAUAGGACAGUCCCCUGGAACAGGAGGCUUCUAGCCCAGAGUGGCAAGAGACCUGCAGGACCCCUGUUCAACAUCGACUGCCCUCAGAAGUCUGUCUGCCAACUACGCCUCCCACACUGUCAGAUUCAUUCUGAGGGUGGAUGUGACUUCCUGUCUGUAGCCCAUAUGACUGAUGAUGACAAAGUGGAGUUUAUCCAUCCUCUUGAGAUAACAGAUACACAUGUCAUAAUAAACAUCACUGGAUUCUCUGCUUAUGGUGAUGUCACGGAUGAUGAUGCUCCCAUCUCCCCUAUCCACGGGCUUGUGUUGUUAUUCCACCAACUGUUUGUCCCUGAAGAGAGGUCCAUCCUGAAUGUGUUGUUGCUUCCCAGAAAUGUUGUGAUCAGGGAGGUGCAGGAUGUGAGGAAGACAAGGAAUGGAUACAAAGAGACCUUGAUUGAAACAACUCCUCACUGCAAUCUAACCCCGAACAAAACAUAUAUCCUCUCCACAAAUAUUACACAUGGAUACAGGAUCAACCCAACAACAGCAGCAUUUGUGGAUUUCCAGUCCGAUGAAAACUACUUCCCCACAUUUCAGUUGUUCUUAGAAACUGUUGUUAAAGAGUUUGAUCUUCUUCUGAAAGAAAAGGGCAGUACUGAAAAUGUAUGGAACGGACUUGUCUGGUUGCCAGCCUCACCAACAGAACUCACCUCUACAGUGUCAGCUGUUUCCCCAGCAGCCCCUCCUGCCAACCCCUCUACCCUCCCUGGUAGAGGCUUCAUCAGAAAUCACAGGAUGGUUCUAGAGACUCGCCUGGGACUCUUGCAGCCCAUUCUCUCGCAUCUGGAGUAUCACAAAGCUCUGAAUGCUGAGGAGAGGGAGGAGGUGGUCAGCAAAUCCACCAAGACCCAACAGAACCAAGCCCUGCUGGACAUGGUGGUGAGGAAGGGGGCUCGUGCCCAGAAACACUUCUACCAGGUCCUGAAGGAAGUAGAUCCCUACCUGGUCGAAGACCUGGAAGAGCAGACAGUCUGAGACAGGUAGCCAUGGAUACCACCUCACAACCUUUAGAAGAUAUCAAAACAUUUAUCAGCGACUGAGAGCAGUACUUUGAGGAGGAGCCAUCCUGACCAGAGGUGGUUGGUGUGUAAUGUGAUUGGACCCCAUUCUCACCAGCACUCCCAUCAGUCUGUAGUUUACUAUACAAGCCCCAGGUCUCAGGCAAGGUGACAUCACUGUGAGGCUACUGUCUACCAGACAACCUACCUGUGUUACUCUGGUACACUGGCUGCAGACUACAAGAUCAGGGACUAUAUUCUUUAUAGUCUCCCAAUAUAAAGGAGGAAUAUUUAUGUUUUAUAUUUGUAAAUAUCUGUAUAUUGAAUUUCUAUCUGGAACAUGUUGAAUGUUUGAUCAUCCUGGACAGGUCUCAGGCAACAACAUGUGAGACUUAACAUCUAGCAGACAACUGACUGGACAGCUGCACUGGCUGAACACAAUAUCAAUAUAUAUCUCUGUUUAGAUAUAGUGUAUAUGUUUAUAUAAUGGUAUCUUUAAGAGCAUCUUUUAAAUUGUAAUGUCAUUAUGUUCCAACAAUAGGGACUAGUGGGCUCCUUUUAUGAUGGAUAAAGAGAAAUAGGUGCAAAUAUCACUCUUCAGAUUAGAAAUAUAUCCUUUAUAACAAAAUAUAUUUUAAGGUAUGACCUUUCAGCCAUAUCGACAUUAAUCAGACUGAAUCUCAGGGACUAAUUUCACUCUCAGGGAAAUAUGGUAUAUUUUGUAAUGUAUAAAUAUCUGGGAUAGUGUUUUGUAAUUGCAUGAAUCGAAACUAUUUAAUCUCUCAAUUCAAUUCAAUUGGAAUCAGCAGUAGGGGGAAGCAGCACCACUGGCCUCCCCACCACCUUUGUUAUUGUUUUUGUUGCCUAGCUGCGGAGCGGCGUGCAACAUGGUAACAGAAUUGCAGUUCAUAUUGUGCUCUUCUAUCGCGUGCAAUGAUGUCUGAGGGGAAAACAGUGUGGUUGUUCCCAAUAACUUCUUUGUUGUUGUAAUAUCUCGAACGGACGUGGCUGUUUCACCAUGAACGAUUCCAGCUUUAAUCAGACUGAAUGACAGGCACUCAUUUCACUCUCAGGGAAAUAUGUUAUAUUUUGUAGUGUAUAACAGGGUUGUGGUCAGUUACGAAUUGAAUUGAGAAUGCCUCAAAUUCCAAUUAAAUUAUUUCAUUUGAAUUAAAUUUGAAUUGAAGGAGUAACCAGGAUACAGAAUUGCAAUGUGAAUUUGAAUAAAGGGAAAUAGAAUAGAA